CAGUAUAAUAUCUAUUUUCUCCGUGAAGAUGGAGAAACUAUUUUCCGGAAGAAGCAGAAAAAACCCAUUUAUGGCGUUUGUUUGCCUGAUUGCUUGCCACUACUUCUCGCACUAUUAAUUUCUCUCUCUAAUCGAUCGCAUGGUGAAGAAGCUUAAGAGAUCGUCAACCUGAAAGUUUCCAGUCACUUUGUCCCCAUCUCUCUCUUCAUUUGGAUCCAUUCAGUCGUUUUUUCGAGCUUACAGAAGAACCCGAAAGGGAGAACUUCUAAACCCUAGGUUUUUUCUUUGGUUUCAGCAGGAUGCUUAUUAAGAAGUUAGAUUUUGUGGAAAUUCGGCUUGAUUUUUUGGCGCAGAAAAAUCUUUGAUUCCGUAGAUGUACAUAUUGAUAUAGAUGUGUUUUGUAGUUUGAAUUGGGAAAUUUUUCUCCCGUUCUUUUUUCUUGAAAUUAGCGACUUCUGAAAGUUUGGAUUAGCUGGAUCGGGAAAUGAAAAUUGCUUGACAUUUAGGGUUUUGAGAAUUUGCGGGGUUGAAAUUUCGGUGAUUUGGUUCGAUUGGGAUCGGGGAAUCUAUUCGGACGAGGUGUUGUUAUUUCUUUUCUUUUUUUUUUUUUUUUACUAUUGAAAAUGGUUUUACUGGGUUAGGAACUGGAAUAGCUCUGAGUACCUAUAUGUAUUGGAGCUCUUUUUUGACAAAGGUCUUUGGAAUUUGGAUUGACUCAUCUGCUAUAGAUUUUGGGUUUUCCUUCAUCGAUUUGGCUUGAACUAUUGCUUAUGGUAAUGAAAGGUGGGUUUUGUGGUUAAGAGAACGAAGAAUAGGUUAGUCAACUGGAGUAGGAUUAUUGUUUGAAAGAAGGGUUUGCAAAAUGAGCUUAGAAAAUGAAGACCUACAGUUACCAGAUCAGCCUCCUACUGGAAUGAAAGAUGAAACCCAAAAGAAGUUAAAGAUCUCAUAUACGAGGGAUUUUCUGUUGUCAUUAAGUGAUUUAGAGGUUUGCAAGAAGUUGCCAAGUGGGUUCGACCGGUCACUUUUAAGUGAACUUGAGGAUGCUUCCCAAGACCGGCAAAGAACUGCUGGUGGAUUAUCACUGAAUAGUUUCAGGCGUAAUGAGUUUGGGUCAUCCCCACCCACUAAAGGGGAUUCAACUGGCUAUAAUCGAGGAGUUCAGGGAAGAUGGGAAAGUCGUUCCUCUGGAAGAAGUGACAAAGAUAGUGACUCGCAAUCUGAUUGGGAUUCAGAAUCUGGAAAGCGAUACGGCAACCAAUCCAGGCGGCCGUGGCAGCAACCUGAGCAUGAUGGACUUCUAGGAAGUGGUUCCUUUCCAAGACCAUCUGGAUAUGCUGCUGGAGCAUCAGCAUCCAAGGUUAGACAGAAUGAAAGCCACCUGCUAAACAGAACUACUGAACCGUAUCAACCUCCCCGUCCAUACAAGGCUGUACCUCACUUACGUAGGGAGGGUACUGACUCUUUGAAUGAUGAAACAUUUGGUUCUUCCGACUCCACAAGUGAAGAUAGGGCAGAAGAGGAAAGAAAGAGAAGAGCUUCUUUUGAAACAAUGAGGAAGGAACAACAUAAAUCAUUACAAGACAAACAGAAGUUUAAUAUAGAUAAGAGUAGAGUUGAUUUUGACAUUUCUACCCUGCGGGAGGAUUCCAAAGAAGAGAAGAGAAGCACUGGAUCAGAUGAUGUUGCAAUACCUCUGGGUUCAAAUAAUGGUUCUGAAAAAAUGUCUGUUCCUUCACAAGCUCCUGCAUCCAGACCACUUGUACCUCCAGGUUUUAAGAGUACAGCUAUAGAUAAAAGUCUUGGAGCAAAAUCUAACCAUUCCCAUCCAGCAGUGGUUGGAAAUUCUGGACGCGAAGACAGUCUUUUGCGUGGCAAAAGCAGCUCCUCUGCAAAUGUAACUUCUAAUGACCAACAGGAUAAACAAUCAGCUAAAGAAAUUUAUUCGAGGAAGCAGCAAUAUGAAAGUAUAAGCAAUCGUGGCUCAAUUGAUAACCAUAGCGGAAAGGGUGUGGGCAUACCUUCUACCCUAGAUGUUUCAGAUAAAUCAUUUGGCACCGAUAGCAUAUUGUACAACAAAACUAAUAUCACCCCAGUCAUUGAAGAUUCAGCAAUUAGUGAGCCUGGAGAGCUUAAUGCUGAGAAGGUAAUUGUGCCAUCAAUUGUGGGCGAGUCUAUUCAGAAUUCUUCUACUUCAAUACUGGAUAAGCUUUUUAGCAGUGCAUUAGCGUUAAGUGUUGCUGGCUCUUCUAGUUCCCUUGAGCAUCAUGAUAACUCAGUGGAUGAGAUACAGAGCCCAGACUCUGUACAAUCUUCCAAGUUUGCUCAAUGGUUUCAUGAAGAAGAAAGGAAACCUAGCAACAAGCAGUCAACUGGGCAGCCAAAUAACUUGCUCUCAUUGAUAGUUGGCAGUGAAAAAGAUGGAUCUCGAGUAUCUGGGAACACAAGCGAGAAUGUUCUACCUAGUUUUCCCUUCCAAAACUCUGAAAUAUCGGAGAAGCUUAUGACAUCAGAUGUGGGAUCUACUAUAGUUGGUAGUGUCGAUCAGUUGUACAAGAAUAAACCACAGCCAGUUUCUGCAGUUCUUACGUGUGAAGAUCUUGAACAGUCGAUCCUUUCAGGAAUUAGUGACAACAGUUCAAUCAUGCGGCCACCUGUUCAGAGCCACAGGGACCCCGAUGGAAAGCCUAAGCUGCCAAAAGUUAAUAGUGAUGCAUCCCAUCACCUCCUCUCAUUAUUACAGAAGGGGACUAGCUUGAAUGAAAUGGAAUCAUCCUCCAAUCCAGACAAGUUGUCUUCUGACAGUUCUUAUGACAUCAAUGACACAAGUAUUGGCAGUGCACUUAACAACUCCAGAGAGGGUAAAGUCGAAAAUGUUUCUGACUCGGCAAAUUCUUUAACUCUUGAAACACUAUUUGGGUCUGCUUUUAUGAAGGAGUUGCAAUCAGUUGGAGCUCCAGUCUCCAUCCAAAGGGGUCCAGUUGGAUCUUCGAAAAAUGAUGUCUCUGAUCCCCAUGGACUUCCUUUUCCUGUUGUAGAUAAUCGCCUUCCAACUUCAAAUGACGUAGGAUUUAGCACUACUGUUCAUGAUAUUAAUGUUUUAACAGCAAAUAAAAGGAAGCAAACCCAGAACAAUAACAUUGAAGAGCAGUGGUUAAGCUUUGAUAACUCUCAAGCUGAACAAAAUUCAUCGCAUCUUCGUACUAACAUAGGGUCUAAGGUUGUUGGAUUUAAUGUGCCUGCUGGUGUUGCUUUCCCUGAAGAGGAUAGCUUGAUUACAGCAAGUGGGCCUCUGAAUGUUGAAAGCUUUAUGCCAGCUGGAAAUACAGUUAAAAGUGAGCUGCUCUCAUCUGCAAAUCUGCAAGCCGAAUUUGCUGGAAAGUUGGCAACCUUCAAUUCCUCUUUUGGAGAUGAAAGGUCCAUUAGGGGAGGUCAAGAACCACCUUUCCCUCGUGGCCCCUAUGAUAGGACAGAGUCUAGUAAUCCUUACCAGAAUCUUAAUGUUCAACCAUCUUUUCCACAGCUCCAUCAUCAACAAUUGAAUAACAUGGGCCCUUUGUUCCAUCAUUUAGAUUCACUUCCUGCUAAUGUUGGUUCCCAGAUGAAGUUUAUGGCUCCAGAAGCUGCCACUCAUCAUGAUUCUUCACUAAGUCACCAAAUUCCCGUGAAUAUGCUUCGUCCUUCUUUCCAUCAGUCUGGCCCUAGAGCACCUGGGUUUGAUCAACCCAUUCCUCACCCUCUGUCGCAGCAGAUGCACAUGACAAGCAAUUUUCCACCUAACCUGCUUCAAGGAUUACAUAGGGGCCCACCACUUCCUGCACAUUCAAACCGAAGUGCUCCUAUGCCUGGUCACCCAAACUUUGGUAGUGUUGGCAUGCAACAACCAGGUAAAACCUGGGCAGUACUAAUUUUGUUUCCACCUUCUGAUUUUAUUAUCUGUCCCAAUUUCCAUCUAAAAUUAAACUAUCAAAUUGUGUUUUCGAAGAUGAGUGUUGAUAAGUUUGCGUCUCUAAGCUCUUGUUUUUAUCAUUAUUGGGGUCUGCAGCACCUGAUAUUGGCGGCGGAAGCAACCAUCCAGAGGCAUUUCAGAGGCUUAUCGAAAUGGAACUCAGGUCAAAUUCAAAGCAGAUUCACCCUUUUGCUACAGGUGGCGGCGGCCCUGGCCCUGGCCCUGGUCCUGGUCCUGGUGCUGGUGGACACAGCCAUGGGAUGUAUGGUCAUGAGCUUGACAUGGGCUUUGGGUUUAGAUAGUAGAUAUAAAACGCCUGUAUACAUCAAUGUAUUCAUUGUCUUUUGCUCAGAUCUGCAACUCUCAUCGUGGAUAUUGGUCUUUCUUUAUCCUUUCCUUUCUCCUCCAUUCCCUCUCACCUUCCUUUUCUUUUGGUUGGGAUGGAGAAAAAAAAGGUAUAAUGGUGUUUCACUUUAAGCAGGACUGGACGGCGUCAGUGUGAAUUUUUCUUGCAAUUGCCAUUUUACUUGAAUACCUUGCUUUUGAAACCCAAAUGAUAUCAUAUGCGCCCCAAUAAUAAAUUAUAAAUUGGUUCAA